AUCCCUUCAUCUUCUCUCGAAGGCUCGAAGUACCUCUAAUAAACGACGAGCUCCCGGAAUCCUCCUAGGGUUCGCGUCUCUACCCCGAGUCCCUAAUCUCUCUCCGUCUCGAGCUCCAGUCUCUUCUCCCAUGGCGGCGGCCGCAACGGCGGCCCCUCGGGGCCGGCAACCGCAGGGCCGGGGGGUCGACGAUGAGAACCUGGUCUUCGAGACGAGCGCCGGGGUGGAGGCCAUCACGAGCUUCGACCAGAUGGGGAUCCGCGACGACCUCCUCCGGGGGAUCUACGCCUACGGCUUCGAGAAACCCUCCGCCAUUCAGCAGCGGGCCGUGAUUCCUAUUAUCCAGGGCCGCGACGUCAUCGCCCAGGCACAGUCCGGUACGGGAAAGACCUCCAUGAUCGCCCUCUCCGUCUGCCAGAUGGUCGACACCACCUCGAGAGAAGUUCAGGCAUUGAUCCUGUCACCAACAAGAGAACUUGCUGCCCAGACUGAGAAAGUUAUAUUGGCUAUUGGUGAUUACAUAAAUGUACAAGCCCAUGCAUGCAUUGGUGGGAAGAGUAUAGGUGAGGAUAUCAGAAAACUAGAGUAUGGAGUUCACGUGGUUUCAGGGACACCAGGCAGAGUCUGUGAUAUGAUCAAGCGAAGGACCUUACGCACAAGAGCUAUCAAGCUCUUAGUCCUUGAUGAGUCUGAUGAGAUGUUGAGCAGAGGUUUCAAGGACCAGAUAUAUGAUGUAUACAGAUAUCUACCUCCAGAACUUCAGGUUGUUCUGAUUUCUGCAACACUUCCUCAUGAAAUAUUGGAGAUUACCAGCAAGUUUAUGACUGAUCCCGUUAGAAUACUUGUCAAGCGUGAUGAGCUGACGCUGGAGGGUAUCAAACAAUUCUUUGUUGCUGUUGAGAGAGAGGAGUGGAAGUUCGAUACAUUGUGUGAUUUAUAUGACACCCUCACAAUUACCCAAGCUGUUAUUUUCUGCAACACAAAAAGAAAGGUUGAUUGGUUGACUGAAAAAAUGCGCAGCAAUAACUUCACAGUAUCUGCUAUGCAUGGGGACAUGCCUCAAAAGGAGCGAGAUGCCAUCAUGGCAGAGUUCAGGUCAGGUGCGACCCGUGUGCUGAUUACAACAGAUGUAUGGGCUCGCGGGCUUGAUGUUCAGCAGGUUUCUCUAGUGAUAAAUUACGACCUUCCAAACAAUCGAGAACUUUACAUACAUCGGAUCGGUCGCUCAGGGCGUUUUGGGCGUAAGGGUGUGGCGAUAAACUUUGUGCGCAAGGAUGACAUCAGGAUAUUAAGAGACAUCGAACAGUAUUAUAGUACUCAGAUUGAUGAAAUGCCAAUGAAUGUUGCUGAUCUUAUUUGACAAACCUGAUGAUAAGAUGCAGUUUACAGCUGUGGAAGUUACUGAAGGGAUACACUGGGAAGCAGUCUCUUGGUGGAUUUCUUUUUUUCUGUGUUCUGGUGACGGUAAGCUCUGCCUUUUUCCUGUAAUCAAAGCUUGAUGGUUGCUGGUGUCUGGGAGCAGCAUGAUCACAAUUGACUUUGCUUUGGGAAAUAUGUUGAGAUGUCCGUGUUUGGAUGGACAGGGCAUGUAAUUUCAAGCUGAUGACUUCAUUACUGACAAUCUGAGUGUAUGUUGAUAUUCUACUGUUGAUGAUGUGUUAUUGUCAAAUGUUCCAGUAUUUGAUAGAUGAGGUGUAUGACGGUCAUGUGCCUAAUUAUUAAUUUAACUGGUGUAUCAGUUUGCAUGGUUA